UAAAACUAAACUAAAUUAAGGUCGCUGAGGGUGGAGCGAGGAGGAGGAGUAGGUGGUGUUCAACAUGGACAACGACUAUGAUAUCGAUAUCGAUUUGAAUUUUGUGCAACUGAGCCGACAGCAGCUGCUGCAACGGUACACGAAUGCCGUACGGCAACUGCGUCGCCUCGCCGAGGCCAAUUACGGUGUGCGUCCGCUCAGCUUCGAUAACUAUGUCAUCUUUCAGUAUUUCCAACAGCGCAGUCCACGCAGUGCACAGGCACCGCAGGCGCCCCUCUACACAACGCCAGAGACGCCACUGAUGGCGUAUCUAAAACUGGAGGUAUUGCAUCAUCUGCUUGACAGGCGACGCAAAAUCCUCUGCUGGAUGUUCUACUUGACACUGAUGUCGCUGUGUGUGGUCGCCUAUCGCUAUGAGACGUCACAGAGUGCGAACAAUGUGCGGAUGGUGCAAUCGAUGGUGUAUCCGGGCAUGCGUAUGUGGCGUCGCAUGACCAUGCCACUAAUCCAACGCUUUCCACGGCUCACCGAACUGUACGACGAGUCGUGCCUGAUGGGCAAUCCGUUCUUUCAGGUCGAGGAUCUCAGUUGCGGACCGUGUGCCCAUGUCGAAAGCGUUUGGCUGGAGAGCGAUCAGUGCGCCCAGCUCCAUGCGACGAAUGCCAGCAAUGAGACAUUGUCCGGCUAUGAGCAGUUGGCACUGUUGCAACAGUGCCGCCAGCCAGCAACGGAUCAUCAUGUGCCGUACAUGUUUCGUGGCGAUCAGCAUGCAUUCGAUUUGGCCGAUUUCUAUCGGAUCUAUGCGAACAAUUUGCAGAUCUUUCAACGGGACGCGUAUCGUGUGCACUCAACAAAUCAGCAUGUCCACAAUCUGGAGGAUCUGUUCGGGCAGUUCAACAGGAGCAGCUUGGUGCAGGGCGCAAAGGAUGAGCUGCACCCAUCCUCAACGCACACGCACAACUUGUGGCGCUGCAAUCGAAUGCUGCCCGCUCGCCUCUUGCGACCCAUUUUCGCCCGUCCGCUACGCUUGCCCAGCAUGGGCGUCGCCCUGGAACGGUAUGUGGCCAUCGAUACGGCACAGGCGCCGACGUAUACGUUGCCCGAAACGGAAUGUCCCAAUGUGUAUGUCCAUCAGGCGGUGGGCACUCGUUUCAUCAUCCUGCGUCCAACCAGCGAAUGCCGUCAACGCUGUCGCACCCUCUCCAUGCGCCUCACCCAAUCCUUUGUGCUCAACUACAAUUGGUUAUACUGGAAGCCGAUCUCGGCGCCUGAUCCCAUUGCGGACAACAUUUCCAUCAGUCUAAUUGGUUCCUACUGCUAAGUGGGACCAGCACCGUUAACCCGUGACUCCCCCCUCUCUCAUGCACUAUAUAUAUAUAUAUAUGUAUAUAUAUGUAUAUACUGAUAAACGCCAAGCCAACAUUUUUAAAUCACGAAUUUUUUUGUCGCUCAUUUUGGGAAAUGAAAUGCAAUUCUUGAAAUGAUUAACUGAAAGAUCGAUAGUUGACCAUUGAAAAUGGCAGCUGGAUUAGCUAUAAGAGCCAUGUUCUGAAUUGUCCUUGUAGUUAUUAAGUUUAGCUUAUAAUCAAUGCCGAUCGUUUUGUCCCCCUGAUUUCACUUUAUAUGUGUUCUAUUCUCGAUGAUGAUGAUUUUCGUUAUUUUCUUUAAUCAACUGCAUUUAUACUCAGCUUUAAGUUUAACUUGAUUUUAAUCGUUACUAGCACACCAACUGGCGUCUAAAAUAUAAAUAUAACAAUACUAUAUAUACACAUAUACAUAGAUAUAUAAGAUGCCAUUAUAGGAAUAUAAAAUAUCGAUGAAUUUUUUUUUCGAGUUUCUCGCAACUUUUUUGUUUAGUUCAAUCAUUU